AAUCUUUCUCUCACCGCUCUCUUUCUUUCUCUCUUUGCCGUGGCUUUAAAGGUUGAACCAAGGACACAACCCACCAUACUCAAACACCUCCUCUCCCCGAAAAAAUUAUGACCAAAACUGUCCUUUCUCAUGAGCCACCGCCAAAAGCUUCCAUUUUUCCUUAUUUAUCAAACUAAGUAACAGACAAACCUAUCUUUCUUUCUCUAAUUAAAUACUCAUCAAUGACUUCCUUUCUUUUCUCUAUUCUCUGUUGCUAUUUGCUCGACCCCACAAGAGGUUAAGCACACAGAAAGUGGAUAACAAUCUCUAGGAAAAUAUUGAAAGAGAGACAUGAGUGGUGCCAAUAAUGGAGGUGGGCCUUGUGGUGCCUGCAAGUUUCUUAGGAGAAAGUGUCUCAAAGGGUGCAUUUUUGCCCCUUACUUUGACUCGGACCAGGGCACCGCUCACUUUGCAGCAGUACACAAGGUGUUUGGUGCUAGCAAUGCCUCUAAGCUCCUCCUUCGCAUACCUGCACACAAGCGACCUGACGCAGUUGUUACUCUUUGUUAUGAGGCCUUGGCGAGGGUUAGAGACCCUGUUUAUGGCUGUGUUGGCCACCUCUUUACACUCCAACAGCAGGUAGUGAAUUUGCAAGCGGAGUUGGCCUACAUUCAGGCUUGCCUUUCGACGCUGCAGCGGCUACCUUUGCAGCAAGCACAGCCUCUACCUGCUCCAAGCCCCUCCCAAUCAAGUAUAGCAUCAACUACAGAGCUGGGAUCGAACUCUAACGUGUCAAUGCAUUUUGAUCAACUACAACAGGUAUCAUCAGAAUGGACAAGUCUGUGUAAUCCAUUGGAUUCAGAACUAGAAAAUGAUGAUCUCCAGGCUUUGGCUCGUGACUUUGUGAGUAGAUACUUGCCAGGAGUCAGAUUCAAGCCUCCAAGUUCUCAGUAGGAUAUAGUUUCCUACCCAUUCUUGAACUGGGUUUGGCUCCUCCUAUCUGUACUGCGCAGCUAGUGCAUCUUGUAUUUGAUUUCAUGGUGUAAUCAAGUCGUACUCCUCUUCUUCUUC